AGAUGCGCCCUCGCCGGGAGGGCGCCGCGGGGAAGCCGAGCGCGGGCCACGCCGAGGCGCGGGGCAGCUGAGCCGCGCGGCCGCAGCCCUUCCAGCCCGCUCACCCAGGCUAUGGAGCGCCGACUCUAAAAUGAAUCCCGAUCUGGACGCCGGCCACAACACAUCCGCACCUGCCCGCUGGGGAGAGUUGGAGAAUGCCAACUUCACUGGCCCCAACCAGACCGCGAGCAACUCCACACUGCCCCAGCUGGACAUCACCAGGGCCAUCUCCGUGGGCCUGGUGCUGGGCGCCUUCAUCCUCUUCGCCAUCGUGGGCAACAUCGUCGUCAUCCUGUCGGUGGCCUGCAACCGUCACCUGCGGACGCCCACCAACUACUUCAUCGUCAACCUGGCCAUCGCCGACCUGCUGCUGAGCUUCACCGUGCUGCCCUUCUCGGCGGCCCUGGAGGUGCUCGGCUACUGGGUGCUGGGACGGAUCUUCUGUGACAUCUGGGCCGCCGUGGACGUCCUGUGCUGCACGGCCUCCAUCCUGAGCCUGUGCGCCAUCUCCAUCGACCGCUACAUCGGGGUGCGCUACUCGCUGCAGUACCCGACGCUGGUCACCCGCAGGAAGGCCAUCCUGGCGCUCCUCGGCGUCUGGGUCUUGUCUACGGUCAUCUCCAUCGGGCCUCUCCUUGGGUGGAAGGAGCCCGCGCCCAACGAUGACAAGGAAUGCGGGGUCACCGAGGAACCCUUCUACGCCCUCUUCUCUUCCCUGGGCUCCUUCUACAUCCCGCUGGCGGUCAUUCUGGUCAUGUACUGUCGCGUGUACAUCGUUGCCAAGAGGACCACCAAGAACCUGGAAGCCGGAGUCAUGAAAGAGAUGUCCAACUCCAAGGAGCUGACUCUGAGGAUCCACUCCAAGAACUUCCACGAGGACACCCUCAGCAGUACCAAGGCCAAGGGCCACAACCCCAGGAGUUCCAUAGCCGUCAAACUUUUUAAGUUCUCCAGGGAGAAGAAAGCAGCCAAGACCUUGGGCAUUGUGGUCGGUAUGUUCAUCUUGUGCUGGCUACCCUUCUUCAUCGCUCUACCACUUGGCUCCCUGUUCUCCACCCUGAAGCCCCCCGACGCCGUGUUCAAGGUGGUGUUCUGGCUGGGCUACUUCAACAGCUGCCUCAACCCCAUCAUCUACCCGUGCUCCAGCAAGGAGUUCAAGCGCGCCUUCGUGCGCAUCCUCGGCUGCCAGUGUCGCGGCCGCCGCCGCCGCCGCCGCCGCCGCCGCCGCCUGGGCGGCUGCGCCUACACCUACCGGCCGUGGACGCGCGGCGGCUCCCUGGAGCGCUCGCAGUCGCGCAAGGACUCGCUGGACGACAGCGGCAGCUGCCUGAGCGGCAGCCAGCGGACCCUCCCGUCGGCCUCGCCGAGCCCCGGCUACCUGGGCCGCGCCGCGCCGCCGCCCGUCGAGCUGUGCGCCUUCCCCGAGUGGAAGGCGCCCGGCGCGCUGCUGAGCCUGCCCGCGCCCGAGCCCCCCGGCCGCCGCGGCCGCCAGGACUCGGGCCCGCUCUUCACCUUCAAGCUCCUGGCCGAGCACCGGAGCCCCGCGGCCGGCGACGGCGCCUGCGAGGCCGCGCCCGACGUGGCCAACGGGCAGCCGGGCUUCAAGACCAACAUGCCCCUGGCGCCCGGGCAGUUUUAG